UGAAACUAGGUGGCACUGGAUUCUUCUGCUCCAUCACAAAUCAGAAACUCACAAUCAGUUGAUCACUUUGCAGAUUUGCAAUUUGCAACACCUAUGCUUGUAUUAAGUAUGAAAAUGACUAAAACAAAAUUUUUAGUCAAUUAACUUUUUCAGAUUUAAAGUAUCCUGUCAUUGAUGGUUUUCUCCUACUAACUAAAGCAUCAUGUCUUUGAAACCUAAAAGAGUUGACUUCACCGAAACAUGGAAUGAACUUCAAAAAACAGUUGAAGGUGUUAUUACUCUUGGAGAUGUUUCACGAACAACUUGGAAUGACAGAUUCAGCGAUGUCUACUCAUUAUGUGUGGCAUACCCAGAGCCAUUGGCAGAUAGGCUCUAUACUGAGACGAAGAAUUAUCUCGAUGAACACGUAAAAUCGCUGCAUAAAAGUGUUCUCGAACAAGGAGAUAGUGACUUGCUCAGCAAUUACUUUAAUGCUUGGGUAAAAUAUAGCCAAGGUAUCAACUACCUUCACAGAUUGUAUCUAUAUCUGAAUCAACAGCAUAUAAGGAAACAGAAGUUAUCCGAUGCAGAUUAUAUUUAUGGAUCUGUUCCCCAAGAUGUACAAGAACAAAUGGAAAUCGGCGAACUAGGACUUGAAAUGUGGAAGUCAAAUAUGAUAGAGCCUUUGAAGGAUAGAUUAGUGGAGCUGCUACUGGAUGGCAUCCACAAGGAUAGGAUGGGGACGUCUCCAUCUCAAAACAACGAAAUUAUUAAAGGAGUUAUUCAAUCAUUUGUCAGUGUUCAGGAAUUCAAAAAGAAGGGGAAUCUUGAACUGUAUGAAGAACUCUUCGAAAAGCCAUUUCUAGAAGCUAGUGGUGAGCAUUACAAAUGUGAGGCUGCCAGACUUCUGCAGGAAUGCGACGUUUCACAGUAUAUGGAGAAAGUUACCAAAAAAUUGGAAGAUGAAUCGUUUCGUAGCCAUAGAUUUCUACACUUCAGUUCGCACACGAAGGUUCGCCAGCGCUGCGAGCAGCACAUGGUGGCCGACCACCUGAACCUGUUGCACGGGGAGUGCAAGGCGAUGGUGGCGGGCGAGCGGCGGCGUGAUCUGGCCAACAUGUACCCGCUGCUGCGGGCCGUCAACAGUGGUGUCAGUGUGCUCAUCACACACGUCAUGGAGCACAUCAAGCAGCAGGGUCUGGAAGCCGUGCAGGAGCUGCGUGGCGACAAUGUACAUACACAGUUUGUUGAGAGUAUGCUUGGUGUACAUAAAAAAUAUAAAGAUCUGAUUCAGGAAGUAUUCUCGGGCGAUCAAAGUUUUAUGGGUGCUCUGGACAAAGCUUGCUCUUCCGUUAUCAAUCACCGACCGUCCAAGCAGAUGUGCAAAUCUCCCGAAUUGUUGGCCAGAUACUGUGACAUGCUUCUGAAGAAGUCGUCAAAAGGCAUGUCCGAAAAUGAAAUUGAAGAUCGGCUCGCACAGUCGAUCACAAUUUUCAAAUACAUCGACGACAAAGAUGUUUUUCAGAAGUUCUAUUCGCGGAUGCUGGCCAAACGGCUGAUUCAGCAGUUGAGUCAGUCAAUGGAUGCCGAGGAGGCCAUGAUUAAUAGGCUCAAGCAAGCCUGUGGCUACGAGUUCACCAAUAAACUGCACAGGAUGUUCACUGACAUGUCUGUCUCAUCAGAUCUCAACAAUAAAUUCAACGCUUACAUUAAACAAGAAAAUAUCGAACUAGGAAUAAAUUUUACUAUCUCUGUUCUUCAGGCUGGUGCUUGGCCAUUGGGACAGGUCGCAAUCACACCAUUCGCUGUACCUCAGGAACUUGAAAAAUCCGUUCAGAAAUUUGAAAACUUUUACCAUAACCAUUUCAAUGGCAGAAAAUUGACAUGGCUACAUCAUUUAUGCCAAGGCGAACUCAAAUUAGGUUACUUGAAGAAAACAUAUAUUUUUACAAUGCAGACAUUCCAAAUGGCUGUAAUGUUACUAUUCGAGAAGUCAGACUCUCUCACCUGCGCUGAAAUACAAGAAACGCUUCAACUCAAUUCGGAUCAGUUUGCCAAACACAUCUCUAGUCUUGUUGAUUGUAAAUUAUUAACGGCCAGUUCUGAGAAUCUUGUCGGAGCUACCGUGCUAUCACUGAACAUGGAGUACAGCAACAAGCGCACCAGACUGAGGAUAUCGACGGCUCUGCAGAAGGAGACGCCCCAGGAGAUGGAGCAGACCGUCACUUCUGUCGACGAGGACCGCAAGCUCUAUCUGCAAGCGAAAAUUGUUAGAAUUAUGAAGUCCAGGAAAGUCUUACGGCAUAAUGCUUUAAUCCAAGAGGUUUUCAGCCAAUCGAAAUCAUUUGCGCCUGCCAUCAGUAUGAUAAAAAAGUGCAUAGAAGCAUUAAUUGACAAACAGUACAUUGAAAGAACCCCGAACUCAGCGGACGAGUACAGCUAUGUAGCGUAAAAUACACGGUCGAAAUUAGAGAUUGUUAAACUGAUAUAUUUUUCUAUUGUGUGCUAUCAUCAACUAAGCAGGUUUCUAGUGUGGAUAUUAACAAUUUUAUUGCUAACUACUGUAGUAGCUGUCAAGAGCAUUAUUGAUAUCUUGAACAGUUUUACCAUGCUAUCAGGCGAAUGGUAUUUCUUUGAGUAUCAAUCCAAUGUUUAUUGUCUUCUUCAUUAUCUUUUGAAAAGUGAUGUUGAUUUUUUCUGUUGUAAAAAAUAAUGGUAUUGAUUUUAAUCCAAUAUUUUGUUGUCCUCAUCAUCUUUUGAAAAGUGAUGUUGAUUUCUUCUGCUGUAAAAACUAAUGAUAUUGAUUUUAUAUACAUUUUGUUUAAGACAAAUAUUUUGUCAGGAAUGUCGAUGCUAUUUAUUUAAUUACAAUUAUUGUAAGUAAAUUUGUAAUAACAUAUUAUAUAAUUUAGAAUUCAUGAUUUUUAUGAACCUG